AUGGGUUCUCUAAUGAAGACAAUUAUCGCAAUUUUCUUGCUCCUCGUCCUCCAAUCAGAGCCAGCAACUCCUCAAUCACUCCUCGAAGACAUAUGUAACCAUACCAAGAAUCCCAAAUUCUGCCUGACAACCUUCCAAUCUGACCCUCGAACAUCCUCAGCAAAGGAUGUCCUUAGCCUGGCAAAAAUUGGCCUAGAACUAGCCAUGAAGGACUCAGCAAAGACUCAACGUUACAUUCAUGUCUUGUCCACAAGCAAAAGAACCGAACCCAUUUUCAAGCCAGCACUGAACGAGUGUGUUGAAGAAUAUAAAAGGGUAGCAGCAUCCUUCAGAAGCGCAUACCUUGAGGUUAAAGAUGGAGAGUACGAGACGGCCAACUAUGAUACGCUGACGGCUGCGGAUUACGCUGGAAACUGCGAGAAGGUACUGGCCAAUGCCAAGGCUCAUAUCCAAUCGGUUUCCGAUGGAAUCCAAGUCACAAAGUAUUUUAGUUCUAUUGGAGAUAGGGUUACGACAAUUCUUUGGACUUCUCAGCCUCCUGCAUCCAACCCAUGAUGAUA